CAACUCCCAACUCACCAGUACCGACUCCCAGUCCUCCCAGACAGCGAAACUAAAGAAGAAAUCUUGGUUAAUUUUCUCUUCUCCUGCCAUGGAUUCCCAAGCCAAAACCAUGGAAACCACAAAGAAAUACCUGACCACCGCGGCCUCCAUCGCCGCCUCCGCGAUGCUUGCACGCACCAUCGUCAACGAAUACCUUCCCUACGAACUCCGCAACAUCGUCUCCUCCGGCAUCGACAAACUCUUCAGCCGCUUCUCCACCGACCACACCAUCGUCAUACAGGAAAACGAAGGCCUGACCUCCAACGAACUCUACGACGCAUCAAGCACCUACCUCCGCACCCGAAUCACCUCCACCAUGCGCCGACUCAGGGCCAGCAAAAACGAGGAAAACAACAACAUAACUCUCUCCCUCGACGACGGGGAAGAGCUCAUCGAUGCCUUUCAAGGCGUUCAGUACAAAUGGCAGCUGAUAAACCAGCAGGAGAAUCAGGGGGGUGGUGGGGAUCGCGGUAGGGAUUCAGGUUUCUCUAACGAAAUUCGUUGGUACGAGCUCACUUUUCAUAAGAAAUAUAAAGAUUUUACGUUGGAUUCGUACCUUCCUCAUAUUCUGGAGAAGGCGAAGGAGAUCAAGUCGGCGGAUAGAAGGCUGAAGCUUUAUAUGAAUGAGUAUGAGUGCUGGAGCCCGAUUGACUUGCAGCAUCCGGCGACAUUCGAGACGCUGGCCUUGGAAGCGGACCUGAAGAAAACAAUUAUUGAAGAUUUAGCGAGAUUUGUAAAGAGGAGAGAGUAUUAUAAGAAGAUUGGGAAGGCGUGGAAGCGUGGGUACCUGCUUUUCGGACCUCCUGGAACAGGGAAAUCGAGCUUGAUUGCGGCCAUGGCGAAUUACCUCAGGUUUGAUAUCUAUGAUCUGGACCUCAAGGAGGUUCAUAUGAACAGCGGGCUGAAAAGGUUGCUGGUUGGAAUGACGAAUAAAUCGCUGCUUGUUAUUGAAGACAUUGACUGUUCCAUUGAUUUGAAGAACAGGGAUGAAGAGAAGAAGGAGAAUGAAAGCAGUAGGUCUUCUGAUGAUGAGGUGACGCUUUCUGCAUUGCUGAACUUCAUUGAUGGGUUGUGGUCGACGAGUGGCGAGGAGAGGAUCAUUGUUUUUACUACUAAUUAUAAAGAAAGGCUUGAUCCUGCAUUGCUGAGACCUGGAAGGAUGGAUAUGCAUGUACAUAUGGGUUACUGUGGGCCGAAUAGUUUUAGGGUUUUGGCUUCGAAUUACCAUGCCGUUGAGGAGCAUCCCAUGUUUGAGGAGAUUGAAGGGUUGUUGAAGGAGGUGGAGGCGACGCCCGCUGAAGUGGCUGAGCAGUUGAUGAGAAGCGAUGAUGUUGAUAUUGCUUUGGAAGGGCUGGCACAGCUGCUGCGAACGAAGAAGAAUGGUAGGAGAGACGUGCCGAGUGGAGAAGAAGAUAAAGAUGAAAAGGUCGUAGCUGCGGAGAAAGGAGGAGUUGAGAGUAGAAUGGAAGAUCAAGGAACUGAAAAAGUUGAUGUUGGAGAUUCAAAUUGUUGAGCGGAUGAGUACUCUGUAAUCUAUUUUUCCUUCUAUUGAUUUUCUGCUAAAGCGAUUGUAAGAUCCGAUUGUUGAGACUAAUAAAAUGGUUAUUAUUUCUAC